GUUUUACGAAUGCGCGUUUCGGUUGACACGCGUUUUCGCGGGUGAGCAAUAAAGGCGGGUCGUUGCGCGAAGUCGUCGUCGCCGUCGUCGUCGUCGUCGUCGUCGCCGUCGCCGCCGUCGUCGUCGCCGUCGUCGCCGUCGUCGUCGCCGCCGCCGUCGUCGUCGUCGUCGACGUCGUCGUCGUCGCAGUCGCUGACAUUGUCAUCGUUAUCAUCGUCGUAAUCAUCGAUGCUCGUAUGCACGGAUCGCAUCGCGUUGUCGCCGCCGCCGCCGCCGCCGCUGCCGCCGUCGUCGUCGUGGUUGUCAUUGUCAUCAUCGUCGUCGUCGUCGUCGGUGUCGUCAUCGUCGGUGUCACCGUCAGUGCCGUCACCGUCGUCGCCGUCGUCAACGUCAUCGUCAUUCGUCGGUCGACGUUACUUCGACUCGUCGGCCAGGUCCCCGGGCUAGGCGCUCCGGAGGAGACAUGUCAAUGUCAACGUCGAUAUCGACAACGACAUCGCGUGUGCCUCGAUCGCGGCAAGCGCAGUGACGAUUUCCGUCAGCAUACUCUGAUGACGUCAGCGGCGUUGCGAUAUGAUGGAGUCCAUCAGAAAAUGGUUUUACAGGCCUAAGAGGGACGACACGAGUUUACUGGCUCAAUUCUUUUAUGCCGACGAGUCUCUAAACGCAGUCGCUUGCGAAUUGGACUCCUUCGACGGCCGACAGGAACCGGAGAGAUGUACGACGCUGGUGAAUCAGUUACGACACUGUCAGGAUAAGGUGCUGACAAUUUGCAAUCAAAUAAUGGACGAUUUGAUCCCCGAAAGCCGCGCCAAUCGGGACUUCAGGGUAAAAUUUCCCGAUGACGUGAUGCAGGAGAAUUUAGCCGGACAGCUCUGGUUCGGUGCGGAAUGUCUGGCGGCCGGUUCGUCAAUUAUGAACCGGGAAGCCGAGAGCUCGGCCAUGAGGCCGUUAGCGAGAGCUCUCACUAAAUCGUUGGAGAUCGUCAGAAACUUGCUGAGAGAGCAUGCGCUCAAGGGCCACAUGAACUUGAAGGCACAAAAUCCACUCGAGCCGUCUCUGGAGAAACUCAUCGAGUCGUUGAAGAUCUUCGACCGACUGUUCGCCGAUUUCGAGUUGUGCUACGUCGGCGCUAUGGUGCCGGUGAAAUCGACAAAAGAAUAUGAGCAGCAGGAGCUCGUGUGCGUGUUAUUUUCAGAGACCCUGCAGCGAGCGCUAGAACGCGGAUUGUUGAAUCAAGCGGAUGUAGAUAACUACGAACCGGCUUUAAUGUUCACUAUUCCUCGGCUGGCUAUUGUUUCGGGACUUCUGGCACCGCCUGGAGGACCGUUGUGCCUCAACUCGCCUGACACCAUAAGCGAGAUGUUUAGACCAUUUAGAACUCUCCUUCUCAAGAUAAGAGAACUAUUAUGGACGUUAAAUAACCGUGAGUUAUACAUGUUGGAGAAGUUAUUAUGCUCAAACGAGGAACCGUCAAGUUCAAUUACGCACUCAACGAAAUCGACAUGUCAAGAUAUACCAGAUUUGGAAGAAUACGUUCAUAAUUUUUAUACUGGUUACCCGAACUGCAAAGACUUUAUCGUUGAUUUCUACACUGUGACGAAAAAUACGGGCAGUAACAUGGACGAGGUAGCGAGCGACGCAGUUCAAUCAUUGGACGAAAGUAGCAGAGACGAUCGGUUAUCAAGCGAGAAGUGUGAGCAGGACAGGAAUAGAUGUAAAAAGGAAAGGAAUGUGGAAACCGAACAUGAAGAUUUAAACAUAUCCUCGGACGGGUGUGACAGUAACGUAAUAUGUGAUAGCGUCGAAAAGAUACAAACUGAUGGGGAGAGUGUUGGUGAACAAAUGCAAUAUGAGCGAGAAUUAUCUGACACUUCGCGCGACACUGAACAAUUUCUUCGUGACUGUGAUUCAGUUUCUAAUGAUGGAAACGAUACUAGAGGAAGACUUGACUCAACGGUACAGAAUAACGUUACGAACAUUCUUGUUUUAGACGUUGUAGCGGGAACCAGCACUUCAAAUAAUACCAUUGAAGACGUGCGGAAUGAGGAAGGCUUUGUUACCCCCGACUUAACUAAAAUGUUUGAGGAAUGCUCCGACAACAUGGAGAUUUCACAGACGCAGUAUUUGCUUAAUCAAGUCACUCACGAAAAUAUCGUGGACAGUGAGAUUGCGCAUAUGUCCGAAAAUACUUUAUCCGACUCAGAUUCCAAGAAACUUAUCGCGGAGGCAAAUAAAACGCUUUCAAAUCUUCUCCUAGACUCUAGUGAAUGCCCGAAUGAGAUCUCAGAACAAACCGAUUCAGGUAUAUGUACAGUAAUAUCAUCCGAGAACACCAGCUUGUAUGACAAGAGUCCAGAAGAAAAGAAGACCUUUGCUGGUGACAUUCAACAGGACGGCUGCGAUGUGACGGACGAAGAAGACAUGCAGGAGAACACCAGCUAUUCUUGUUCCAAUAUGAACUCGCCGAAGAAGAAGGAUCCUACCAUUUCAGAUAACUCGUGUGUUUGUGGCACGAAGAGCACGAACAAAGCAUCUUUGGAUCAUUCAAUCGAAGUGCCUAGUUUGCACUCGAACGACGACAGACAGUCCGCCGACAAAAACAUUCCACGAAUAUCGUCAAACUUCGAUGGCACUAAUGAAGAAUUCAUUGGCGUGACAUACGGUAACGGCCAAUUAACUCUCUGUGACUCCAAUCAGUCCACUUUUCAAAUAAACUAUUCAGAGAAUUGGGAGAAUCUGAAUUUGAACAUAGACGCGUCGAAUUCGAGAAAGGAGUUCUGGGGUGACUUAAAAUGCGAAAAUUGCCCGUCCACUUCUCGAAGUAUCGAGAAAAUUGACAGUAAAAUUGAGAGGUACACGCAGGAUAAUAAGACGAGAAAAGCGAGAAACGAAAAGCAACGACGGCGACAUCAACACAAGCUAGACCGAAACACGCAUAAAGCUCACAAUAGAGAAAAAAGGCAUAACCUGCAAAUUAUGCGGGCAGCCACGAGCACUGAAAGCUCCAGAUCGAAUUCCACGGAUCGAUGCUUGAAUGCUCGAUUGACCAGCUUCAGCGCCAGCUUGCAUCUUGGCCAAACUACUAGACAGAUGCCGAAUUUUGGUAGUCGCAGUCCACAUCUAAGUCCACGACUUCAUCAUUUUGAGUGUUCGCGUGGACAAUGUUGCUGCAAUCUCGGUACGCAUUGCAUGAACAGACAUUCAUCGCCGCAGAGCAGAAAGUUACUAGACCAUAGAAGAUCCAAAUCCGAGCAGAUCGCCAGAAUGAAGAGAAGGGAUAUCGAGAAGAGGGAGAGAUACGAACGAGACAAAUACGCACGCAUAGAACAUAGUAAAAGAAAAUCUGGAACUGGAAGUAGUUUAAUGAAUGAUGGAUUGGGCCCUAGGACAGAUAAGAGCGGCUUGGUAUCGGACAUUGCAACGACUACGCCGCAGAGCGUUGUUUGUCAUGAAUAUCAAAGUACAAAAGACACGCACAGAUCUGCACGAGCAAUGAGACUGGUCAAUGCAUCGACAGUAUCUGGCGUAUCGUGUUUAAAUCCUCAUCAAUCUCUAAGUUAUAAACCCGAUGCGGCAUCAAGUUCCAGUUGUUCAAGCUGUUGCGAUUCGAGUUCGGAAACCAGCGAGUUUCAUAGCGACUGUCAGGACGAUGAGGAGAUUGCAUUGGCGAUGCAAGCUGCCGAGAUAGCAAAUAGAAAUCAAAUCAGAGCUAAAUUUCGAUCUUCGGAAGAUCUUGUCCACCGGCUCUUCGUUUGCAUAGCAGGCGUAGCAGAUCAAUUGCAAACAAAUUUUGCAUCGGAUUUGCGGAACAUUUUAAAAUGUGUUUUUCUCAUGAAUAGUAGUCAGACAAUAGAGGGCACUGAAGAAUCGAAGGAUCCGAAUUUAACUUCUACGGUGAAUGCAUCAAUAGAUACGACAGAGACAGAAAGUAUUCAUGAGCGGCAAGAAUCAUUACCAGAAUACGAAGAUGUAGAUGAAACUACUUCAAUACACGACCGAACGUCCCCAGUCACUGAAAGGGGAGAAGAGUGCGUCGAGAAAGCACCUGCUUGGGUGCCGGACAAUGAUGCGCCAAGGUGUAUGGCUUGUCAAGCAGGAUUCACGGUUGUGCGACGUAGACAUCAUUGCCGAAAUUGUGGUAAAGUGUUCUGUGGUCGUUGCAGUAGCAACAACGUUCCACUGCCUCAUUUCGGGCACACGAAACCUGUGAGGGUGUGCAACAGGUGUUUUCUGUAUCAAGUGACGCCUUUUACAGUUUCUCAAGUUUCGCCCACUAGAUGAAUGUUUCUGAAGUGGUUUGUAAAUUUGAUUGUUUUCUAUUGAAUUCUCUAUGCGGUACACUUCCAUUUCAGUAUGCAAGUUAUUUGCAUAAAAUUUGACAAUUAUAAUUUUCGUAAUAAAAUAAGCAAAUAUUCUUAUAUUCCAUAGGAACAGGUCCAAAGUUUUUAUAGAACAUGUAUAAUUAUGUGAUACACUUGUCCGGUGUUAAAAAGUUUAGUUUAAUGAAUUAAUCAUUGCUUUGUCAGCGGAAACAUAUUGUUUAAUUAAGAAACUGAAAUAAGUUUUUCAACUAUUCGAGUAUUUACUCUUCUUUUUUUAUUUCUUAAGUGAUACAAAAGUACAUUGAAUAUAUAAUAUAUAUAUCGAAAAAAUUUAGUGACACUUCGAUUUAUCCAAUUCUCAAUGUAUAAUUUGUAAAAAGAGAAGCUGCAGAAGGAUACGUUUGUACAAAAACAAAUAGAGGAGAAUUGGAGGAAAAUCGCUGUUGCUAGAUUGUUUUUGUGCGUUAUUUAUAUACUUACGUGCACUUAAUCUAUAAAUAUUAGACAUAUAGGCGCUAAUCGCUCAUAUUUUUACACAUCAUGAUUAAAUAUUUCGUAAGAAGAUAUUAAUCCAAUUUGUAGCAGCAAUGUAAUUUGAUUUGGGUAUCUGGGUGUAAGGUUUUUCACAUAUUUCAUUUAAGAAAAUUGUAUAUUCAUAUUUAGGCGAUUAUAUAGAAGAUAAAUUUUCUGUACAUUACUACUACUAUUCUUAUAUUAUUUUUUUUUAUUUUAGUUGUUUUUAUUAUUUCUGAUAAAUUUUCACUCAUAUAAAGAUUUUUUGUUCAAAUAAUAAUUAUUAUUAAAUUAUAUUACCGUGUGCAGAAGUUUAUAAACUGGCGAUUUAUUUCUGUCAGAGAUACGUGUAAUAAAAUCUUUUCCACAUUCUAAAAUGUAAAAAAUACAAUGGAACAUGAAAAAAGGAUUAGUUGCAAUUAGUUCCAGCAAUAAGAAUGUAGAAGUUAAAUUUUAGUUGUAUACAAUUGAAAUUUAACUAGGACACACAGAACCUCGUUGCUACAACUAAUCUUUUUUUCCAUCUUUCAAUAUAUCAAUAUAUUAAGAAGGUUCUCUUUUCACAUAUUUUAAAAACUCAAAUUUUGAAAAUAAGUUUAUGAUUAAGGUAUUCCUGAAUCUUUCAAUUUUUUGAUCGUGUAGUUUUCUUGAAAUCUUAUGUGAAGGAGAAUUUUAAACAAUUUAAUCGCAAAUAAAUAUAAAAAUUUUAAAACACUAUAAAAAAGAAUAAAGUUUGUGCUAAGAACAUUUUGGAAUUAAAACAACUUUUUGUUAAUAUUCCUUUUUUCUAAAAGUACACUUAAAUUAUUUUAAAUUAUUAUUACUAUAAACAAUUAUAAUCAAUUAUUUUUAACGUCAACAUUUUUUUCUACGUCAAUAUUUAUCAAUAUUACAGAAAACUUAUUUUUAAAUAACACAUUAUCGUUUUUAUUACUUAAAUUUUGUUUGUUAUUUAUUAUUUUGAAGAUGACAACAUUAAACGCUCUUUUGUUAAACAAUACAUGUAAAGGAAAAGUCAUAUGAUUCUCCUCCACUUUUAUAAACUGAAGAACCUUCUUAAAUUAUCUAUAUAUUUAUAGCAGGUGUAAAUAAUAUUCUUGGUAAAAGGUCAUAAACUUAUAUGAUAUAAAUAAAUAUUGUUUUGAAUUAUUAAAGAAAGCGUGGAGCACACGCAUAUUUAAAAAGGGAAUUUCAACUAAGAUGAAUUAUUAGUUUUAAAGUUUAAAAUCACCGCUUAAGCGAUGAGCGUUAUUAUAUCGCUGUUGUCUCGAUAUGAAGAUUUUUUUCUUUCAACGUAUCUAGACGUUUCAUUACGUUAACCAAAAGAUUCAAAAAUUAUUCAGCAUUUCUGGUAGUGUUUAGUUGACAAUCGAUAGUUGAUUUUUCAUGAAGAGCAAGUUUCUUUACGGAAGUUUAAGACUUAUAGCAACACUUUCAAAGCGUCAAAUUAUAUAUAGUGUAUAUACAUCUGUGUAAUGUAUGUGUACAUGUAUGGGAAAAUACGUAUGCACGUUUAAAUGAAUAAGGAAGAAAUAGAAACGAAAUUUUCGCGUUCAUUAGUUGGAUCACGCUGUAACUUAUUAUCGCGAUUAGAAUUUCUAAGCGUUUACUGCCUGCUGGAGUGUUUUUGGAGUAUAUACACAGGUGCGUUAGCACACACCAAUUAGCUCCUGUGCCAAAUUUAUGACAAUAAGUUUCCUCUUUCUUAUAUCUCGCACGAAUUUGGUUCCUAUUGGAGAGCUCGUACAAGAUACUUCCGAUUACUGUGAAACAUUGUGUUACAGAUUAAAGGUUUUGAAACAGCAUUCGUAACAGACGAUUACUCUGCGUAGCACCAUGAUUGAUAAAGACUGGUUGAAUGAUAUAGAUUUUUCGCUCAUUAACGUUUUUCAUGAACUUGUCGCGUUUAAUAUAAAUUUCGAAUGAUGGAUUUAUAUCGUCAUCAAUUUUGUUUUUUAUUUUUAACUAUUUGUGUUUUAUUAUAAGAUAUCGAUUUUCACAAGAUAUGAAGUGAUAGUAUCAAUUUCAUGAACAGUUUUUCUCACAUUCUCGUUAAUCUUAAUUUGUUGUAAUAUCAAUAACCAAAAAGCAAUACAAAAUUUAAAUGAUUUAAGAAUUAAUUUUGAACGCAAUAUUUAAUUUUAAACAAAUAGUAGAAUCGAAAUAUUCAAGUAUAUAUUCAUCAAUGUGAAAUAUAAUGGGGAAUCGAAUUGUAUGCAUCCAUCAAUGAAUGCAUACAAUUAUGUAUAAACAAUUGUAUAAAUUGAACGGCGAGUCGAUUUGCUGCGAUUAAAAUCGCGCGAAGUAAGAACGUUAAUUGAAAUCGUAUAUCAAUUAAUCUGAUGUUUAGAUAUGUAAUUAUGCUUAUCGAUUUUCAUAUGGACGUAAUAUGUAAUAAUGGUUCUCUAAAAUAACGAAUAGCAAUCGGUCAGAUUCGGAAGUCGUUGUAUAUUAUAAUCGCGUCUGCGUAUUGUAAACUAUAGGUAGAACUUUUUACCAUUUGAAAAAAAAUCUUAUAUAAUAUCUAUGAAACAGCGAGAGUACUCGUGAAAAAGAGAAAAAAAGAACUUAUUUCUGUAAGAAGCACAUCGAGUAGAGAGUAUACCUUUAGAUUACAGAUGUUUAGACGGAGUUAUUUUUUACACACACUCGUAAUCGAUGCCUUGCUAGAAUAUCCGUGCUUUCAAUUACGAAUGCGACGAAAAGCCUCUGGCUAAAAAGUCUAGCGAUUAAGCGCGAACCGCUGCUAAGCAUCUCAUCUUCUCUAUAUAUGUGUGAAUCAUCUUGGUAAUCAGGUUUUCUCCUGUGCCUAAAUUAUCACAGGCAUCGAACUAUGCUAAUACUAGAACACCUUGACGUGCCCAAAAUGUGAUCUAAGAAAAAUAAAAAAGGUAUCCUUGAUGAAAAAAAUUCUCAUAAUAUUUUUAAGACUUUUUUAGAUUUCAAAUUUAUGAAGAUUUCUGGGAAAAAAAUGUCUUAAUCUCUUCAGAUUUUGUAAAUUUUCCUUAGAAAUUAUAGAAUAAGAAAUCUUAGAAAUCUUAAACUAUUCCAAAUUUACAUAUACAUAUUUAAAAAAUUGGAAGAUAGAUUUUUUUCUAAGUAUUUCUAAGAAAUGUUCUAAUUCGUAUAAAAAUCUGAGAAAUUUUUUAAAAACAUUGUAGAAAAAAUGUAAAAAAUUUUAUAUAGAAAUUUAAAAAAAUUAUAUGAAAAAAUUUUCACCAGGGACAAUUCGUAAUUGGCAAAUUUUUAAUUCGAUUCAAAGCUUUACUCUAUAUAUGUAUACGACUCAAUGUGAGUCAUAUAAGAAAUAAAUAUAGAACUAGAGAUAAAUUAAAGAACUAAAAAGUUAAAAGAAUCUUGAAAAGUAUAUAUAGUAUUGUAUUGCAAAUAGAGAUGUUUAUCUAAUAUACAAAAGAAAAAAAUUUAAAAAGCUAUUUCAACAAAUUUAAAUCUCUUGAUGCAAAUAUUAUGCGUGUGAAUAUUUCUUCUUCAUAUACGAAGGAGAGUUCCAGUAUUAUCGUAGUUCAGUGAUUAUAGCCUGUGAAUAUAAAUUAAACGAACAAACUGAAAGCAUGUGAAAAGAGAAAAAGAAAAAUGGAAAGUAGAUAUGUAAAAAAAAAUUGAAGAAAUAAACUGAGAUAUAAGGUGGAUCAAAGAUCACGAUGUCGUGAAAAUGUUCGAAUAAAGAAAAAAGCUUUUUAUGUGUACGUAAAUAAAAAUAAAACAUUGUAUGUAUAUAAUAUUGUUUGACUGUUUGAUGGAAUUAAUAUUAUAUAAGAAAAUUACUUAUUUUUAAAUCGAUUACUUUAAUCACUGACUAAUAUUAUUUUUCUUUCGGCGUGGUGAUUUUGAUUCACUCAAUGUCUCGAGGGGUUUACGAAUUGCCAAUUAAGAAAUUUCUAUUACCAGGCGACAAAACGUACCCCUCUGAAUUAUUUUUGUAUUAUUUGCCCAAGUGUACGCGUAAAAACGUAUUUUUAGCGCAUUUGAUGUUAGAUUCUCUGAAAGGCGCAUGAUCGGUUUGGCGAAAUAAUGGUCGAUAACAGCGUGUAACCAAUGACAAAACGAUAUUAAUACUUGCUAUUGAUACGAUAUCCAUUUAACACCGAAAUUAUUUGCAAUCCAUAUCGGAAGGCUAACGACACGUGAUGUCACGUGUCCAUGAUUUUGGAGGAAUAAAAAAAAUACUUGUAAAGAAUACAAUUCUAGAUGGAUGUGUAUAAUGCGUGUGUGCAUGGGUGUAUGCGUGUAUGUAUAUAUGCGUGCAAAUAACAAUUAUUCGCAAUAUUACAUCAUGAGACGAAGUGUCUCUUUAAUAUUUGAAUGCACUGUGGUUUCGGUAAUGGAUGUAUUCAGACACGAAUAUAAAUAAAAUUUGUUAAUUAAAA